AUGGUCCGCCACAAGAAAGACUUCAGCGCCAAAGGCAAAAAGAACGCCACCUUCCGCUCCCACGGCCCAGCAGACCCCCGAGCAACCAGCAAAGAGAACUUCCAACGCCCCUCCUUCAAAGCGGCCGCCUGGGACCUCAACCACUGCGACCACAAGCGCUGCUCCGGCAAACGCCUGAUGCGAUUGGGUCUGAUGCGCGAACUGCACGUCGGACAGAAACACCCGGGCGUCGUCAUCAGUCCCAAAGCCAAGACGAUCGUGAGUCCCGCGGAUAAAGAAGUGCUGGAGCAGUUCGGUGCGGCGGUGGUGGAGGCGAGUUGGAAUCGGAUUGAAGAGGUGCCGUUUGCGAAGAUCGGAGGGCCGAAUCCGCGCUUACUGCCUUACUUGAUCGCGGCAAACCCGACGAAUUACGGGAAGCCGUGGCGGUUGAAUUGUGUCGAGGCGUUGGCUGCUUGUUUUUUUAUUUGUGGACAUCGGGAUUGGGCGGAGGAGGUGCUGAGUCCGUUUAGUUAUGGGGAGUCGUUUAUUGAUAUCAACGAGACGGUGUUGAAGCGGUAUGCGGCUUGUGCGGAUGAAGAAGGGGUGAAGAGGGCAGAGGAGGCGUGGUUGGCGAAGAUCGAGGGGGAGUGGAAGGCGGAUCGGGAGGCGAGGGAGGGGAAUGGCGGGGAUGCUUGGAGUGGGGGGAAUAUGAAUCGGAGGCCGAUUGAUGAGGAUGAGGAUGAGGAGGAAGAUGGAAGUGAUGAGGAGGGUGACCGCGAACAUGAUGAUGAGAGUGAUGCGAGUAGUCUAGGCGGCAUCCAACUAGGAGGACCAAAACCAGGCGACCUCCCUCCCACAGGCGAUAACGACGACAAGGCAGAUGAAGACGACCACGACCCCUACGCCCUCCCGCCAAACGACGACGACGAAGAAGAAAUGGCCGACCUCCGCCGCCGAGUUCUAGCCUCUAAACCUUUCACAGCAAAACCCAACGACAACAAAUCUCCACCCACAGCAGAGACGCACGACCGCCCCCUCCCAGCAAAAAUUCAACGACCCACCGACCCUGCCAAACCCGAGCAGUCGAUUACAGAGGACUCGGACGCCGAGUCGGGGAGUGAUAUCGAUGGUAGACAAGAUGAUGACGAUUUCGAUAAUAUUAUGAAUGCGGCUCCCGUGACCGAUCGAGCUGGGAUCACGGCGGCGCAGCGGAAACGAGCGAUGGAGAAGGAAGGGAAGUUGAGCGCCAGUGCGACGUAUAGUCGGACGGUGAUUGAGGCGCCGGGGAAGUGGCCGCCGUAG